AUGGCUGACUUCUUGUUACCACCGGGUACUAACAGCUUCCACCGGUUCACGCCCGAGUCCUUGGCUGCGAUCGAGAAGCGAAUUGCAGAGAAGCUGGCAAGGAAUGCCAAGCAGGAGUACAGAGAGCAGCAGGGCGAGGAAGAGAAACCUCAGCCUCAGUUUGACCUGCAAGCUUGCAAGAAGCUGCCUGAUAUCUAUGGGACUGUUUCUCCAGAGCUCAUUGGGGAGCCCUUGGAGGACAUCGACCCUUUCUACAAUGAUCGUAAGACAUUUAUAGUACUGAACAAAGGGAAGACAAUCUUUCGAUUUAGUGCCACUCCUGCCUUGUAUAUACUUAGUCCUUUCCAUCCAAUCAGAAGAGCAGCAAUUAAAAUUUUGGUACAUUCAUUGUUCAGUAUGUUUAUUAUGUGCACUAUUUUAACUAAUUGUGUGUUCAUGGCACAAUCAGAGACUCCUUCAUGGAAUAAAUAUGUUGAGUACACUUUCACUGGAAUUUACACUUUUGAGUCAUUGAUAAAAAUAUUGGCAAGAGGAUUUUGCAUGACAGAAUUCACCUUCCUUCGGGAUCCCUGGAACUGGCUGGAUUUCAGUGUUAUUGUUAUGGCAUACAUAACUGAAUUUGUGGACCUGGGCAAUGUCUCAGCCUUGCGAACGUUCAGAGUACUGCGGGCGCUGAAAACAAUCUCAGUCAUUUCAGGACUGAAGACCAUUGUAGGGGCUCUUAUCCAGUCUGUUAAGAAACUUGCAGAUGUGAUGAUCCUGACCGUUUUCUGCUUGAGUGUCUUUGCCCUCAUAGGCCUCCAGCUCUUCAUGGGCAACUUGAGACACAAAUGUGUCAGGGAUUACACCAUGCAUAACUUCACCAAUGGCUCCUUGUACUUGGAUGGUAGGAUGUGGAACAGCUCAGAGGAAUUCCUUAGUGACCCAGUGAACUAUUUCAUAAAAAAUGGUACAGAAGAUGUGUUACUGUGUGGCAAUAGCAGUGAUGCUGGCACGUGCCCUGAGGGAUAUAUAUGUCUGAAGGCUGGGGAAAACCCUGACCAUGGUUACACAAGCUUUGAUACUUUUGGCUGGGCCUUUCUCUCCUUGUUCCGGCUCAUGACUCAAGAUUACUGGGAACGUCUUUACCAACAGACUCUCAGAUCUGCUGGGAAGAUCUACAUGCUUUUUUUCAUGCUGGUCAUCUUCCUGGGCUCUUUUUACCUGAUCAACCUGAUAUUGGCUGUUGUGGCCAUGGCAUAUGAGGAGCAGAACCAAGCCACUAUUGCUGAAACAGAGGAGAAGGAAAGAAAGUUUCGGGAAGCCAUGGAGAUGCUGAAGAAAGAGCAGGAGGCACUAGCUGCUAAAGGAAUUGACUCAAUGUCACUCAGCUCAUUGGAAAUGUCACCUAAAAGUGGGAAAGAAAGAAGAAAUAAGAGAAAGAAAAAGAAAUCUUUGGGGACAGACGAGUACGGGGAAGACCAAAGGAAUCCCAAGUGUGACUAUGAUGAUGGUCAAAGGAGGAUGACUCUCCUUGGCAUUAGUUAUGGUCCCAGUGCAAACUUGGUGAAGCGCAGAACCAGCCACGGAAGCGUUUUCAGUUUCCGACUCCGUGGCAGAGACACUUGCUCCGAGACAGAUUUUGCCGAUGAUGAGAUCAGCAUCGCUGGGGAAAGCGAAAGCCACCGGGGCUCUCUCUUAAUUCCAAGACCUGGGAGGCGUCCGAGCGUGCAGAGCCAAGUGAGCCAUAGUUCUCACCCUCCUGCUCCCAGCUGCACCCAGACGGGCAAAAGGAACAGCUCAGUGGAUUGCAAUGGUGUGGUUUCCCUGAUAGGAGGAGGCACCGGGGCACUCAACCCAGACCCUACUUCUCCUGCAGGGUUACUGCUCCCCCCAGUUAUUAUGGAAAAGCCUGGGACAGGCGACCUGACCUCCCCCUCGGACGAGGCAAGCAAGAAACAGCUUUUAAUGCCCCACCGACCCUCUGUGGACCACUCAGAGGAGCCCUUCCAGAGGCAGAGGGCAGUGAGUGCUGUCAGCAUCAUCACCAGUGCCCUGGAAGAGCUUGAGGAAUCACACCAGAAAUGUCCUCCCUGCUGGAACCACUUUGCUGUUAAAUUCCUCAUUUGGGAUUGCUGCCCACUUUGGCUUUUGAUCAAGAAAUUUGUCAAGUUUGUGGUAAUGGACCCGUUUACAGACCUGACCAUCACCCUCUGCAUUGUGCUGAACACUCUCUUCAUGGCCCUGGAGCAUUACAAGAUGACCAAGGAGUUUGACCACAUGCUGUACAUAGGCAAUUUGGUCUUCACUGGGAUUUUUACAGCAGAAAUGAUCUUCAAAGUAAUUGCCCUUGACCCCUACUACUAUUUCCAACAGGGCUGGAAUAUUUUUGACAGCAUAAUUGUUAUUCUAAGCCUGAUGGAACUGGGUUUGUCCAGCAUGGGAAACCUGUCUGUUUUACGCUCCUUUCGACUGCUGCGAGUCUUCAAGCUGGCAAAGUCCUGGCCGACCUUAAACACGCUCAUUAAAAUCAUUGGGAACUCCGUGGGGGCCCUUGGCAACCUCACCCUCGUGCUGGCCAUCAUCGUCUUCAUUUUUGCCGUGGUGGGAAUGCAGCUUUUUGGGAAGAGCUACUUGGACAAUGUGAAGAAGAUAAGCACGACUGGCAACCUGCCACGGUGGCACAUGAACGAUUUCUUCCACUCCUUCCUCAUCAUCUUCCGGAUUUUGUGCGGAGAGUGGAUCGAGACCAUGUGGGACUGCAUGGAAGUGGCUGGGCAGCCCCUGUGCCUUCUCGUCUUCCUGCUGGUCAUGGUGAUAGGAAACCUGGUGGUGCUCAACCUGUUCCUUGCCUUGCUGCUGAGCUCCUUCAGCGCCGACAACCUGUCGGCGCCGGACGAGGACGGGGAGAUGAACAACCUGCAGCUCGCGUUCGCCCGCAUCAACAGGGGCCUCCAGUACGCCAAAAACGCCGCCUGGAGCUUCUGCUGCAACGUCCUGAGGCACCCCAAGACCACGGCUGAGAAGAAAGCCAUGAUGAAACUCGCUGCCCAGAACCCUGCAGCCCUCAACAACUGCGUCAACAGCCACACCGCUGCCGAGCUGGGCAAGGACAUGGAGAACCACAAGGAGAACCACGCUGAGGAGGGAGGGAAUAAGAGCGGAGAGAAGCGCCCAGCUGUUACAGAUGAUGAUUUCAUGACCAAUCCUGACCUGUCCAUUUGUGUUCCUAUUGCUGUGGGAGAGUCGGAUAUCGAGGAGGAGGAUGAGGAGCAGAGCACCUUCACAGAAAUGGAGCAGCAGGAAAAGCAGCUGCAGCUGAGGGGGCAGCGAUGCCAAAGCCCAGGAGUCCGGAGUCAGAACUCUGAGAUUUAUGAAGAGUUAAGUGAGUUGCACGUGGAUAAGCAGUUGAAGGCUGAGCCACCACCUCCAGUAGGGCAAAAAGAGCUUGAUGAAAUCAGUCUUUCUGAAGGCAGCACAGUGGAUUUGACAAAUCCUGCAGAGCUGCUGGAGCAGAUCCCCGAGUUUGCUGAGGAGCUGAUGGAGCCUGAGGAUUGCUUCCCUGAAGUCUGUGUGAGAUUCUUCCCAUGCUGUUCAGUGGACAUCACAAAAUUUCCAGGCAAAAUUUGGUGGAGGCUGAGAAAGACCUGCUACAGAAUCGUGGAGCACAACUGGUUUGAAACAUUCAUCAUCUUCAUGAUCCUGCUGAGCAGUGGAGCCCUGGCCUUUGAAGAUAUUUACCUUGAAGAUAGAAAAAAUAUAAAAACCAUGCUGGAAUAUGCUGACAAAGUAUUCACUUACAUCUUUGUCUUGGAGAUGCUCCUGAAGUGGGUGGCUUAUGGCUUCAAGAAGUAUUUCACCAAUGCCUGGUGCUGGCUGGACUUCCUCAUUGUAGAUGUGUCUCUGAUCAGCCUGGUUGCCAACACUCUGGGAUACUCCGAGAUGGGACCCAUCAAAUCCCUCAGGACCCUCCGUGCCCUGCGGCCACUGAGAGCCCUGUCACGCUUUGAAGGGAUGAGGGUUGUGGUCAAUGCCCUCGUGGGAGCCAUCCCUUCCAUCAUGAAUGUUCUGCUCGUCUGCCUCAUCUUCUGGCUCAUCUUCAGCAUCAUGGGAGUGAACCUCUUUGCUGGGAAGUUUGGGAAGUGCAUUAAUAAGACAGAAGGAGAUAUGCCUUUGGACUCUAAAAUUAUCAACAACAUGAGUGACUGCAUACUUUACAACGUGUCAGGCAACUUCUACUGGACAAAAGUGAAAGUUAACUUUGAUAAUGUUGGUGCUGGGUACCUGGCUCUGCUGCAAGUGGCCACAUUUAAAGGCUGGAUGGAUAUUAUGUAUGCAGCAGUGGAUUCAAGAGAGUGUGAGGAGCAGCCUGAAUGGGAAUGUAAUUUAUACAUGUACCUUUACUUUGUGAUUUUCAUCAUCUUCGGGUCUUUCUUCACAUUGAACCUCUUCAUUGGUGUCAUCAUUGACAAUUUUAACCAACAAAAGAAAAAGAUAAGUGGCCAGGACAUCUUCAUGACAGAAGAACAGAAAAAAUAUUAUAAUGCAAUGAAAAAGCUGGGAUCUAAGAAACCUCAAAAGCCAAUCCCAAGGCCACUGAACAAAUACCAAGGUUUUAUUUUCGAUGUCGUCUCAAAACAAGCCUUCGAUGUCUCCAUCAUGAUUCUCAUCUGCCUUAACAUGGUUACCAUGAUGGUGGAAACAGAUGACCAAAGUCAAGAAAAGGUGAACAUCCUCUACAAAAUCAACAUGCUUUUUGUUGCCAUCUUCACCGGGGAGUGCAUCUUCAAAAUGCUGGCUCUGCGGCAUUACUACUUCACCAACGGCUGGAACAUUUUUGACUUUGUGGUUGUGAUUCUGUCCAUCGUAGGCACCGUACUUUCUGACAUCAUCCAGAAAUAUUUCUUCUCACCCACACUCUUCAGAGUCAUUCGCUUGGCUCGGAUUGGCCGGAUCCUGAGACUCAUCCGGGGAGCCAAAGGAAUUCGAACUCUGCUCUUUGCCUUAAUGAUGUCCCUUCCUGCUCUGUUCAACAUUGGCCUCUUGCUGUUUCUGGUCAUGUUCAUUUAUGCCAUUUUUGGCAUGGCUAACUUUGCCUAUGUGAAGAAGGAGUAUGGGAUUGAUGACAUGUUCAACUUCCAAACCUUUGCUAACAGCAUGCUCUGUCUCUUCCAAAUCACCACGUCAGCUGGCUGGGAUGGUCUUCUCAACCCUAUUUUAAACACCGGACCACCAUAUUGUGACCCAAACCUUCCCAAUGCAAAUGGCUCAAAGGGAGACUGCGGGAGCCCUGCUGUAGGGAUUUUAUUCUUUGUUACAUAUAUCAUUAUAUCAUUUCUCAUUGUUGUAAACAUGUAUAUAGCUAUUAUUUUAGAGAACUUCAGUGUAGCCACUGAGGAAAGUACAGAGCCUCUAAGCGAGGAUGAUUUUGAUAUGUUCUAUGAAAUCUGGGAGAAGUUUGACCCCGAAGCCACUCAGUUUAUUGAGUAUUCUGCACUUUCAGACUUUGCAGACGCGCUGUCAGAACCUUUGCGCAUAGCAAAACCCAACAAAAUCAAACUCAUAGCCAUGGACCUGCCCAUGGUCAGCGGAGACAGGAUCCAUUGCUUGGAUAUUUUGUUUGCUUUUACAAAAAGGGUGCUAGGAGAAUCCGGAGAGAUGGAUGCCCUUAAGAUACAGAUGGAAGAGAAGUUCAUGGCAGCGAACCCCUCCAAGAUCUCCUACGAGCCCAUUACAACGACUCUGCGGCGGAAACAAGAAGAGGUCUCCGCCAUCGUCAUCCAGAGGGCGUACAGGAGACAUUUGUUCCGGCGCUCCAUGAAGCAGGCAUCCUACUUGUACCGGCACAGAACUUUGGAAAGCAGCAUCCUGGAGGACGAUGCGCCCGAGAAGGAGGGUCUCAUCGCGUUCAUGAUGAACGAGAACUACGGCAGGCCAAUAGACAAGUCAGAAACUCUCUCCUCCACCUCCUUCCCCCCAUCCUACGACAGCGUCACCAGAGGCACCAGUGAAAACCUCCAGCUGAAGAUAACGGACGUGAGCAAAAGCGACGAGGCUAUAGAUUGUCUUCUCUCACCCGACAAGGAUAAAGAAUCAAUUGUUUAAAUGUUUGUUUAGAAUGCUUUAAAACAUUGUUUACAGAAUGUAAUGCUGUAACUACACAACGAUUGAAGCAGCCUUCUUAUUAAAAAUUAGUUGCAAAAAGAAACAGUGGAGUUUUUACCCUUAACUACAGGAAUCUAAUAAGUCAUAUAACAUUUGACCCUGCUCUUUUUGACUUGGCUCAAUAUUUAUAUUUAUAUAUGCACAGGAAGAUUCUCUGCAGGGUCAUAGUUGUUAUAUCAAUGGUGUGAAUAAGAAUAGGCUAGACUGUAAAACAGUAAACACAGUGUAUAUCUAUCCACAGAUAAAGCCUGGCUGUAUACAUUCAUUUAAGGUCUUACUCAUAUUAGUGUGUUUACUUAUGGCGAUGUAUGACCUUGCAUUCUAAAAAGAAAAAAAAAAAAUCACAGCUGCUGUAGCAAAAUGUAACACUUACUGUAUAUGUUGUGAAUGGUCUUUCAUAAAUUUAUUAUAUUUGAUAUUUUUUUACUUAAAAAAAGAAAAAAAAGAAGUCUCUUUUUCCAUGGAGAUUAAUGAUCCUAACACUCUUCAUGUUGAACUCUGAGUCAAGGUAAUAGGAACUUAUGGGAUCCCCAUCACUUGAAGAGGAAAGUUGUUGCAAACAGAAGUAUCAAAUUAGCAACAUUUCAAUUGUUGAUUACACUAAGCCCUCCCUCUUGGGACUUGCAACUGCACCACAUCAGCAGAAACACACACACACACACACACA